UGUGAUUUGUUAACAAUAGACAAGCCUUCAGCAAUACAAUCAAGUUGCUUCCUACACACAGCGUUCACAAUACCGACAUACACACUGAACACACGCGGAAAACGCAACAGCUGUAGAAAGCCAAUGUCAUUGUCUGUCGCAAGUCCAGAUUAGACGUCACGUAUUGUCAUUUAACUCGGACCUACCGCGGUGAAAGCUGAGCCAACAGACACAGGGUUUACAUCGUCAAGCAGCCCUGCCCCAAGCAUCUUCCAGCAGCCAAAAGCAUCAUCAAGCAGCCACAGAAUCCUCAGAAGACCCCCGCUGAUGCGGGAUCAAUCAACCCAAGCAUCAUCAAGCAACCCGAAGCAUCCUCCAGCCUCCUCAAGCAACUCCAAGCAUCCUUCCCAAGCAUUCUCAAGCAACUCCUGACCAAGCACCAUCUAGCAAACCUAAGCGUUAUCAUGCAACCCCAGCAGAGCUAGAUAGAUCAUCGUGGCCCACAGAAUAUCUGCUUGAUGUCUCUCUGGUUCUGCUAGUGUUUUCUGUGGCCUUUUGGGUUAACGAUAUCCGUCAGAAUCCACCUUGGUGAUAGAGGUCCGAGUAUCCACCAUGCUGGUUCGACGUUGGCCACGAUGCAACGUCAGACACUGGCUGUUGAUCACAAUGAUGACGUUGACGUUAACGUGGUUAAUGUGGAAUUCGUCGCUUAGAACGACCGCGUGCUCUGCCGGAACUGGCACAAUAAUGAUCGACAACAACGUAGAGAGGCGCUAUACGCAGCCACGAGCUGACAUGUGGGGCGAAGCGAUUCUUCUUGUUGGAAAACCCAGAUUACAGAAAGGCUUUCUAACCAUUGGAAUUCCAACAGUUUGCAGAGAAAAUGGAACAUAUCUUUUGUCAACGCUGAGGUCACUGAUCGACCACAGCUCUGAAACAGAUCGCCAAAAUGUUACAGUUGUUAUUUCUGUGAACGACCAAAACGCCACCUACAUUUCGGAAUUGAAACAUGCUCUCACUGAUGAGUUCUCCGCGCAUGUCCUCAACGGCUUUAUUCAUAUGAUGAGAGCACCAGACAGUUACUACCCGUCUUUGGACGCUCUGAGGACAACGUUCGGGGAUGCGGAAUAUAGAGUCAAAUGGCGGUCGAAACAAAAUCUUGACUAUGCAUUUUUGAUGAACUAUGCCAAAGACCUGUCCGAGUACUAUAUGCAGCUGGAGGAUGACGUCACAGCCGCGGAAGGAUACGUACCAAAAAUAAGGUCCUACAUUCAGCAGCGGAAGCACACGUGGACCAUGCUGGACUUUUCUGUUAUGGGAUACAUUGGAAAGCUUUACAAAAGUUUUGAUAUUCCCAAACUUGCAAACCUCUUGCGAUCGUUCUACAACGAGCAACCAUGUGACUUUUUGUUGUUGCAUUUUCUGAAUCUUAUGCUGCAAAGGAAACGAUUUGUUAGAAUUCCGACUCUGUUUAAUCACGUGGGCUACCAUUCUUCACUGAGUAAUACUACCCGUAAUAUGGUGGAUGUGUACUUUGAAGGUCGUGUUAAGAAGCACAAGGGAGAUAAUCCACCAGCAAAGCUGUAUACCACUAUAAGCACAUUUGAAGACAAUCAUAUUGGCUUAGCUUAUAACAAAUCAAAUACGGGAAGGUUUUUCUGGGGUAGAAACCCCAACUCUGGAGACAGUAUUACCGUUAUAUUUGAUGAACCCCAGAAUGUAAGUAGUGUUGCCAUAGAAACGGGUCAUUUUGCUGACCCGGAAAGAGACCGGGCACACGGCGCCAUUUUGGAAUAUGGCAGGCGGUAUACAGCUUUGGUUCAACCGCCAUCUUGUAUUCCUAUCGCUCCGUUAGGAUCAUUUGCGGAAGGUCGUUUGGAUUAUCACAACGGAACCAUUUCAAAAGUAAAAUGUUUAAGGGUGACACUUACUGAGAAACACAAACAAUGGUUGAUAGUGAAAGAAAUCGCUGUGUUCUUGUGAAAGUUGUAAGUGUAAAAUCUGUCAUCUUUAUCGACCACUUCGUGAUCUUGUCUUCCAGGUCUCUUGCGACCACGCUGCCAAUGGAUGUUUAUUCAUGUAUUUUGUUUUCAAUUGUGUAAAUUGAGUUUUGAUGUGUCAUGGAUAUGAACUAACGUGUCCCAAGCUUCAACAGAGUCAUUGUUCUGGAACGAUUGUGAAAAGUGGAAUGUGUUUCGAAGGAAAAUCGUUCAACCCCAGUCUGGAGAAAAAAAAUAUUUUGCUUCUUUAUGUAGGAUGUUGGAUCUCGGAAAUCUAUAAUAUUGUCUGGAUUCUAAGUGAAUGAACACUCACUCGUGUUUUCACACAUAUGUUGAUUAAAAUGAGAAUCGCGAUCAGGAAAAUGUUACUUCGUUUGAUUUAUAUAUCCUCCUUAUCUAGAAAUAUGGGACAAUUACAGUUGAAGUGAUCAGCAUCUUAUCGUGUCAUGUCAAUUUUUGAAUUACAGUUCAACCUAGAUGUGUGUCAUUGUGUGUACAUGCGCCGCUGAGGAGCGCACUGCAUUUUCCUGUAAUGAACAUGCGGUUAAAUUAUACGGGAAUUGAUGACGGUAGUAAGAGUCUGGCACAGUCACGUCAUUAUAUCAUGAGUGGUAUGUUUUAAUAUUGCCAUUGAUAUUGUAGAGCAACUGCCCCAGGAAAACAGCAAUCAUCCCUGUCCAUUGAAUUAUCUACAGUAGAUUAAGGGGCACUUAUAGAACAACGUAAAUACAUACUCAUGUUGUCAGUCACGGGUUUGCAAAGCUUAAAGUUGUCAACUUCCAGUGUAAAAACUAUGUAGAAGUACACUGGGAAUGCACACGAAGCACUGGUGACCAUUAAAUGGUAGCCAUGUAUGACGCCCUCCGGUAUAGACGUCAUUUGAAUGAAACAAUAGACAGGCUGGAACUAUUGUCAUUUCCUCAAUGUUAUUCUGGGAGGUAGUCUAAGUUAUGAGAAUAUGAUGCCAUGAUUGUUCGUGUCUUACACUACUUGAGUUGUGGGCUCAUACAGAUAGGAGUGAGUGAAUUAAAAUUAAAAAUCACAUCGGCAAUGUUUUAUCCAUAUAGUGACUUCAGAUUGGAAGUUUGAUUCGAUACCCAACAUACAUACCCGUCAACACCCAAUAUCCACACCCGUCAACACCCUAUAUCCACACCCGUCAACACACCCGUCAUCACCCUAUAUCCACACCCGUCAACACACCCGUCAUCACCCUAUAUCCACACCCGUCAACACCCUAUAUCCACACCCGCCAACACCCUAUAUCCACACCCGUCAACACCCUAUAUCCACACCCGUCAACACCCUAUAUCCACACCCGUCAACACACCCGUCAACACCCUAUAUCCACACCCGUCAACACCCUAUAUCCACACCCGUCUACACCCUAUAUCCACACCCUUCAACACACCCGUCAACACCCUAUGCUCACACUCGCUAACACCCUGUGACAGCAUAGGCAAUAACGUCCAUGGAUCGAAUACACAAUCAAAUCCGCCGUCCACCACGUGGUCUUGUGAAGGGGAUGCUGGAGACAUGGAUCGAUCGACUCCAGGACCCAACUGGCAAAAUCAAUAAAUUUCCAUCGUAAGCCGAUAUAUCCUAUUUUAUGUAUGGCUGUGUGAUGUGGUGCCAAGUUGAUGUGUCCUAUCCAGUGUAUAUCAGAAAGAUGCGACACAAAGUUGAUUUGCCCUACCGAGUGUAUGUCAUGGUCAAAAU